GCUAUCGACGGCACUUACAUUGACAAGAAAUGCCCCUUCACUGGAAAUGUGUCCAUCCGUGGCCGCAUCCUCUCUGGUGUUGUGACCAAAAUGAAGAUGCAGAGGACCAUCGUUAUCAGACGUGACUACCUGCAUUACAUCCGCAAGUACAACCGUUUUGAGAAGAGGCACAAGAACAUCUCUGUCCAUCUGUCACCUUGCUUCAGAGACGUCUCAGUUGGAGACAACGUCACCGUUGGAGAGUGCCGACCACUCAGCAAGACCGUGAGGUUCAACGUCCUCAAAGUGACGAAGGCUGCAGGCGCCAAGAAGCAGUUCCAGAAGUUUUAGGUGUGACUGUGAAAAGGACGGCUGCUGUUGGCUUACCUGUUUCACUGUCAAAUAAAAAAAAUUGCCU